CCCCUUGCCCCCUCAAAUACACUGGUGCCUAUACGUGUGAAGAAAAAAAAGACUUUUGAGGAGGUAAAAGUCCAACGUUGUGCGAUAAGUGACCUUUAAUCCUGUGUAUCAACGGUUCGCUCAACAUUGACAUUAGACUGCUUGAUGUAUUGUUAUUAUCACAAUGCACAUCAAAUUAUACCUGGGAAUUGGAGAGUUGUAUACGGUGUUUUAUACGUUGAGAUUCGACAACACUAUGUUCUCUUUGAGAGUCCGACAUAUUCUGGUUGCUGUGGGCUUACUCUUAGCUCUGAGCGAUGUGGAAUCAGCGAACAUUCUUCUCUCUGGUGUCUUUGGAGAUGGCAGCCAUUAUUUUACGAUGGUUGCAGUCGGAAAGAGUCUGGUGAAGAGAGGUCAUAAUGUGACUUUCCUCAUUUCAGACGAGUAUUCCGACCGCGCCAUGGAUCCCGAGCACGCUACGAUCGUCAGCUACGAAAUGUUCCAUCUUUCUGGUCUGAAGAAGAGAAUGGAUGACAUAUCGAAUAAGACGGCAGAAGUCACAUUUGCUGAAAACAGCAUGAAGCACAUGGCUGAGAUGAUGGAUAUGUUCAUUUCUGUAAACAGAGAAGCUUGUGAAUCCGUUUUUGAAGAUCAAAGAUUGCUAGACCGUAUGGCGAAAUUCGAUGCUUUUGUCGUCGAUGUGGUAUGGUCGUGUGGUGUGUAUGUUAAGUCCUUUCUUGAUAGACAUAGAGGUACCGAGAAACUUCAUGUCAUAGUGCUUGCACCCAUGACACCACUUCCUUAUAUAUUUAAAGAAGCAGGCUCUCCAUUUAUGACCUCUUACCAACCGGCACCACUGACGUCAUUCACAUCUGACAUGACAUUUUUACAAAGAUUCAGGAAUACCGUCACCUACCUCUUCUUUGUGUUUUGGGGAAAUAAAAUGGUGAUCAAUGGAUUUUCCACUGGUCUUGUGGAUGAAUAUGAUCUAGAUCCUCGGUUGAAAUCCACCAUCAGUAAUCAUGUUGACCUUUUCCUUAUCAAUAGUGAUUUCUCGGUCGAAUUUACCUUUGCCAUGAUGCCAAACAUCAUUCCAGUUGGUGGACUUACAACAAGACCAGCCGAAGCCCUCGACAAUGAGUUAGAGAACUUCAUGCAAUCAUCGGGCAAGCACGGUGUCGUUCUGUUCUCUCUUGGUUCAUAUUUUGCCUCAAUAACAAAAAGUAGACCCGAUAUCAUUCGCAUGUUCAUCGACGCUUUCAGUAGACUCCCACACAAAGUUCUUCUUCAUUUGAAAGAGCCCCCUCCAUACAAGAUACCUGAUAACAUCAAAGCGAUGAAAUGGUUACCCUUGAAUGAUCUGCUUGGGCAUCCUAAGACUCGAGCAGUGCUCUACCAUGGAGGAAACAACGGAUUCCUGGAGGCGUUGUACCAUGGCGUACCCCUUGUCGUUAUGCCUCUGGGUGCUGAUCAGCAUGACGUUGCAGCCAGAGUGCUGGCUAAUGGACUUGGUACCAAGAUCGACAAAGACCGAUUGAGUGUGGAUUACAUUUACCUACAACUCAACGAAGUCCUUGAGAACCCAAGCUAUUCAACGAACGCCAAGCGUCUUUCUGCCAUCUUUCGUGAUCGUCCAAUGACACCAGCGAACACGGCUGCAUUCUGGAUUGAACAUGUGAUCAAACACGGAGGAGGUCACCUUCACCCACCUACUCAUAGCCUAGCAUUCUUUCAAAUAUACCUACUUGAUAUCGCUGCAUUUGGUAUACUUCUCGUUGUGAUCCUAUUCUUUAUCAUUAAACGUUCUAUGAGAUGGUGUUGCUGUCGAAAGAAAAUCGUGAAAAGUAAACGUGAUUGACCGUA